AUGGGUGCCCCAGUCCGGCGAAGAAGAGGGCCGGUACCAGCUCCAGCCCAUCGAUUUCUGGACCUGCGGGUUUUCCCGGGCACCAUCUACUCGCUGCUCGAGCGGUCGAUAAGAUACCCCCAAAGCUUCCAGAGCCAUGGGGCUGAGCUGGCCACCAUCCGGGAUAGUCUGGAAGCGCUGGGUCGGACCUGGUCGGACCCGCUGCACGGUCAGGCGCGGCGACAUGACAUCCACGACCUCGGUUUCAUGAUCCAGCCGCAUAUGCGGGCCCGGUGGGAGCUAUAUCAUGACACUGAGGCGUUUGAGACGGUCAAGGUCGCGGCCGAGAACCUCGUCGACAUGGAUGAGAAUUUUGUCGUCAUUGUGGACUCCAUGUGCAACAUGGACUUGUUGUACUACAUCGCCGCCCAUACCGGUCGCCAGGAGAUCGCCAACGUGGCCACAACCCACAGCAAGAAGCUCCUCGCAACACAUCUGCGCAAGGAGUCCCGAACGAGACCCGGCUACGAUGGCACCCUGUACAGCACGUGCCACGUCGUCAAUUUUGGUCCCGACGGGCAGAUCAAGGGGCGGUACUCGGCGCAGGGCUACGACGUCUCGUCCACGUGGAGCCGCGGACAGGCGUGGGCUAUUCUCGGGUACGCGCAGUCAUAUUUAUGGACCAAGGACCCCAAAUUUCUGGAUGCGGCCCGUGGCUUGGCGGAAUAUUACACCCUCCGGAUGGAGGAGGCGCCGGCCGAGGUCGAGGUUCCGAGAAAAGGAGGCAAGGAAGGCGAGACGGUGGGGCGCUACGUGCCGCUUUGGGACUUUGACGCCCCGAUCGAGGAUCCCUCGAACCCCGUCCGCGACACCUCGGGUGCCAUGGUCGCUGCCAACGGUAUGCUCGUGCUCUCGCAGGCCCUCGCGGGGCUAGGUCUUCAUAGCGAGAGCGCGCGGUAUCUCGAGGACGCUCUCCGCAUCGCGCAGGACGUCGUCGAUCUCUCCGUGUCGCCCGAGAGGCGGGCUUCCGGUCGAGGCCGACGGAAGCCUGGGGUUUACGGGCACCGAGGGAGUGGCCAGGUUUGA